AGCGCGCGCGCAGCCCGGGGGCGGGGCACGUGAGAGGCCUCGCGAUAACUGCGCAGGCGCAGAAAGGACGAUCUUUUCUGAAGAGCCGACCAGAUGGCGGAAGUGGAGCAGAAGAAGAAGCGGACCUUCCGCAAGUUCACCUACCGCGGCGUGGACCUCGACCAGCUGCUGGACAUGUCCUAUGAGCAGCUGAUGCAGCUGUACAGCGCGCGGCAGCGGCGGCGGCUGAACCGCGGCCUCCGGAGGAAGCAGCACUCGCUGCUGAAGCGGCUGCGCAAGGCCAAGAAAGAGGCGCCGCCCAUGGAGAAGCCCGAGGUGGUGAAGACGCACCUGCGUGACAUGAUCAUCCUGCCCGAGAUGGUGGGCAGCAUGGUGGGCGUCUACAAUGGCAAGACUUUCAAUCAGGUGGAAAUCAAGCCUGAGAUGAUCGGCCACUACCUAGGCGAGUUCUCCAUCACCUACAAGCCUGUGAAGCACGGCCGGCCCGGCAUUGGGGCCACCCACUCCUCCCGCUUCAUCCCCCUUAAGUAGCCUGCUGGCCAAUAAAAGUAGAGACUUGAGUGCGA